GAGUGAGAAUGAGGAAGUGCGUGAGGAGUUUACAUCAUUUAUAUACAUAUUGGCCUGUUUUUAACUUUUUGUCUUUUGUAUUUGUUGUUUUUGCUAUUUUCCUACAAUGAGGAUAAACGAAAACACUUUACUGGAGGGAAACAAAGUCGUGCUGGUUCCUUAUACAGAGGAGCACGUGCCCAGGUAUCAUGAGUGGAUGAAGUCUCCAGAGCUGCAGCAGCUGACCGCUUCAGAGCCGCUGACCCUGGAACAGGAGUACGACAUGGCGAGAAGCUGGAGGGAAGAUGAUGACAAGUGCACCUUCAUCAUCCUUGACAAGCAGCGGUGGGCAGACAGCAGCGUAGAAGAGGAGCAGUGCAUGGUGGGAGAUGUCAACAUCUUCCUUACUGACCCCACCGACCCGACCUUGGCUGAGUUGGAGAUCAUGAUAGCCGAGCCCGGUUACAGAGGUAAAGGCAUCGGGAAAGAGGUGACCCUCAUGAUGAUGUGCUAUGGAGUCACCAAACUUGGAGUAAAACAAUAUGAAGUAAAAAUUGGGCUGGACAACCAGAUCAGCAUCGCCAUGUUCAAGAAGCUCCACUUCCAUGAGUUGUCUGUGUGCAAAGUGUUCAAAGAGGUGACCCUGGGGAUGACAGUGGACGAGUCCGUCCGAGAGAGACUGCUUAAUUACACUGCAGACGUGAAGGAGGGAGACUACAGGCACAGUAGAAGUAACAGACAGGAAGUGACAUCACACUGAGGAGCUGCUUGAUGUGUAAAGACUUCUGGAUAAGAAGGAGAUGGUUCUGCACACAGAGGAUGGAAAUCUGGUGUGUGGUUAAGACUUCAUGCACAUUUAGUGCUAUCCCAUCUUCACUUGUAGAUCUGUUUAAUACUCCAUUAUUGUAUCUGUGAGGCAGAGUUAGGGUAAACUGGUUUAUAACUGGUUUAGGUGGUAUCAUCUAGACUCCAUACUGACUCUCCAGCCAGUGCUAUCUAAAUGUACAGAAACUUUAUGAUUUCAGUCAUAUUUUAACCAAAAAAGAGAGAAAGCAAUGUCUAACUUAUAUACUUAAAAUACGCUGGCAGCUUUUUCAAAAAAUUGAAAAAGUGGCAAUGAAAGAGGAAAUGCUCCCUCAUUGAUUAUUCUUAAAUUCUGCAUCGUCAAAAGUGAAGAAACUUCAUCUUCAGUCAUUUUUAAAGAGAAAACAAUGUCUAAAUCGUGCAAAUAUGUUGUCAGCAUUUUAUAAAGAUUGUGAAAGUGGCAUUGAAAGAGGGGCUCUUACUCUUCAUUUGUUCUCAAGUUCUGUUGUGUCAAAAAGUGAAAAAACAAACAAACUUAAACUUCAUUUUUUAAUCAAAAGAGAGAAAGUAAUGCCUCAAUUGCACAAACUUUUAGCAACAUUUUGAAAAGGCUGACGAAGUCGAGUGAAAAAGUAAAUUCUCACACUUCAAUUAUUUUUAAGGGGUAUCAAAAAGUGCAGGAACUAAAAAUUUAAACUAUAAAUUUAAUAGUUUAUUUUUAACCAAAGACAAAGAGAGAGGUCUGUCUAGAUUGCACAAAUAUGUUGGCAGCAUUUUCAGUGUUAGUUUUGAAUUUUGGGAUGAACUCUUGUGAAAAGCUAAACUUUCUGAUGUGGCCUUGAUCAUAAAGGUUAUAAAGAGCGGUUACCAUCCCAUCUUAGAGCAAGUAAAGUACAAUGCUGGUGGAGUUAAACAAUUCUGCCUCUUAAAACAGAAGUUUCCAUUUGAUGGUCCUCAUUCAUGAAGGCCUAAUAUGAGGAAGUCAUUUCUCUUGCAUUAAGAGAAACUUCUUUGUCUCAUGUUACAUGUAAUAGCCUCAUUACCCCGUGACAUUUCUCAUAAUAUUCUUGUUAACUAAUGGAAAUAAAAGCCAACAGUGGGAGGUUUAUUGUUCGCCUUUCAUAUCACAUCACAUAAGCCAUAUCUCUACUGGCUGUCUCUUCAUAAACCACAUUGGACUCUUUCCUCCUUUUCUUAUCAAGACAUUUCAUUCUCCAAAAGGAGGGAAUUUAUUUUUGUUUGUAGUUUUUUGCUUUAUUUUUAUCUCUGUAAUUUGCCCGAGCAAGAAACUGGAUAAGAAAAUGUGUUUAAGUCCUACCUCUUAUCUACAGACUUUUCCAGCAGACAGAACCAAACAAAGAUGACCCAAAGUGGAAGUUUAUCUUGCUGUGCAUAGCCAUUUAUUGAUGCAGUUUGAGAAUGAACACAGCUGUACAUGAGCCGCAGCUUUUUGUCCACAGAAACCUCAAGGAAGGAAAAUAAUUUAAUCUUAAAGCCAAAAAUGUAACUGAAAGAACCUUGGAAUAAGUUAGUUGCCUUUUUAUGACUGUAGUUGAUGUUAUAGACAAAAUACUGCAGGAAACAUUUCAGACUUUGGACAGCCAGGUUGAUGGCAGCAUCAGGUGACUCAGAGUUGCUACUGCUGCUCUUUUAAAAGGAGAGUUAUACUUUUCUCAUCUUCCAUUCAGUCUAGCUUCUGAAACUGGCACAAGAAUUAUCCAUCCGUUUAACCCAAUGUGGAUAUGAUGGUAAAAGUUUAAUAGUUCUGGGGUUAAAGCUAUUUAGGUGCACAUUUAGGGUAAAAUCUUCAGAUGCAAGAGUCAAGAAGUAACGGGAGAUAUUGAGGAUGGGGUGUGAAACAGCGAAAAGAGGAGUUAAUUGGGCAUGUAAAGGAAGGAUAUGGAUGAAGCUCGAACAUGCAAAUACCAGGAUGGCCAUUUUUUCACAUUGUUUUGUUCUUAAGAUCAAUAAGUACAUACAUUUUAUAGUUUAAAUAAUGUCUGGUGUAAUUUAUUGGCCAGUUUUUGUUUGUUUUUUAAGCACACAAGAACUGAAAGUAAGAAUAUGAAUUACUAAAUUGACAGGGAUAACAGCCAGUAGCACCAAAGUUUGUGGACGAGUUAAUGAUAACAUGACUGUAAUGAUUAAUUCAUUUCUUUGGCAUAGCUUUUUUUUGCAAAGAUUUAUUUUUGGGCAUUUUUGGGCCUUUAUUUGCUAGAGGAGGACAGCGGAUAGAGCCAGAAACAAGGACAAGAGUGGGGCAGAGACAUGCGGUAAAGGGCCUCACUGUGCAGCAACCUCCUUCUCUGUUGUUAGCCAAAGUAUGGAAGCCUGAAGGGGACAUGUAUCCAAAAAUUCUUUUGCACUGUUUCCUGUGAUAAGGUAAUUUUUGAUUUUUUCAUAGCCUUAACUUAUUCAUCCUGCAGCACAAACAAAACAAGCACUAAUUUGUUUUCUAGACUGUCAGAAAAUUAUCAUUAAGAGAUAAUUUUUUUUUUUUUUUUAUCUGAGUAUGACAUCAGUUGGUCAAUUGUUAUAGAGGAGAUUAAGAUUUUGUCCACCUGAACCUGAUUGUUCAAAAGCAGUAAAACAGAAUCAGAUUUAACAGAUAAGAUUGCUUCUAGGAAUUGGGGUGUUCAAAGAAGAAGAAAAGAUAACGCAGCCAGGUAGGAUCGGGACAAUCAAUCCUGGUUUUUAUUUUGACAAAAUUGCCAUUUUUUGUAAGUAAAAAUGUAAAUAAUUGAGAUCAAAAAAACAUCAGGAUCAUCCUAAUCCUAGCAGAAGGCUGGACUGAGACUGAGUCAUGGAGAAAAACACGAGAAAACUAUUAGACUGCUGAAAGAUGGCUACAUUUUUACAAGGUAGUUGAUAUUUUAAGACAUUUGUUGGCAUACAUUUUGCACUGGAAUGCUGUUUUGCUUCAUUGAAAGUACAACUGAUAAACAUUAGAGCUGUAAAAAAUGAAGGAUUUUGUCAUUAAAUAAUUAAAGACGGCAACAACAUUUAUUAGUUUGUGAAUUUUGGCACACCCUACGGGCUGACUAUGAUGUGUGAGGUAUUUCAUAAAGCUGUGUAUCAGCUGGUCUAGCCUUAGGACCCACCAACACCUCCUUUAUGAGAAAUUGCGGCCAAAAAUUUAAACAACCAAUCAAAAUUACUCAAAAAUAUUGCGGUUUGGACCUUAGAUGAAAUAUAUAUUAACUAAGAAUAAAUCAGUUAAGUGAAAAUUAGUGUUAAAAAGUCUUAAAUGCAAGAAUAUAAGGUUUCAGCUGUCCUACUUUUAAGUUUUAACUUGUAAAUAUCUACCUUUAGAUUUUGUUGUGACUGCUUUUUGACUGAAAGAAAUCAGAGCUUUCAUUACCUGCUGAUUUAUGGUAUCAAACCAGCAUCUUUUCUUCUCAUAGUAUAAUCUCCAAAUGCUCCAAGAAAGCUUUAUUUGCAUAAUUCAAUAAAAGGUACUACCAACAUAUUCUUUUCUUUGUUUUCAGAUUUUUAUUUUACAAGCAACACAAAAAAACAUGUUAGUGUCUUGUAAAUGUAAUGACUUUGAAAUUAAAGAUGUGAAAGGGUCUUCAAAUAUAUGGGGAGUCUUGAAAAAGGUAUUCAGAAGUAUUAAAUUUAAUUUUAAGAUUUUCUGUAUAUGCACUGAUUUUUCUUUUUUACUGUUGUCCAUGACAACAUGUACAUUUUGGUUGCUAUCAUAAAAAAAACUGCUAUUGCCAGAAAACAAGAUAAAUAAGUUGGGAUUCUGAGGAAACACCUAGAAAUGUAUUCACAGCAAAAUGUGGCAAAACAAAUUACAUGGAUGUUUGUCCACUUAGGGCCUCCAUACAUUGAAGACUUUUUGCCACUCUUUUUUAAUCAAGGCACACUUUUGCAUCCUGAUUCCCCAUCUGAGAAAAACUGCUUUAAAGCACCGGUAAUCUGGAUUUCUUAAUCCAUCUGUACUGGAAUAAUUUGGUCCUAUCCUGUUUCUUGUUUAAAUAACUGUUACUUAAGUGAGCUGGAUUAUUUGAUCCUUUACAAAGAUUACCAAAAUCAUUUUUUUUAGUAAACCUUUUGAAUACCAGAACUGGAAUAAACUCCUUAUCACAGAAAAACUUGGUAAAUAAAAUGUGUUUACAUGCCCACUUUGAGCUUCCGUAUAUAUAUAUUACUCUUUUAUUCCUAUUUAGAAGAUUUAAACUUCUCUUUUUUCAGUUGGUGUGGGGUUUGG